GUGAAAUUCAAAAGAAAGAAACGGGAGUUGUGCAAACAUGUUUCUCACAGAUUCCUAAUUACCUUGUUUCGAAAGUUGUCUUUUAUCCAGCAAUUUGGUCAGGACCAAACAAUUUCUUCAGGACGGCUGAAAGCCGAUAUAUGGAUAAAAUGUCUGUGUGUUAAAACAAUCAUAUGUUAUGGUAGUAUCCGCCUUUCUUUAUUACGACGUGUGAACUAGAGCUUCGCCUUGAAACUCGCUUCUCAUCCAGAGGUCAUUUAAGAGUGCAUCAUCGUUUUGACAUCAUGGCUGCCGAUAUUACUACUGCUGAUGUUUAUGAAGAUGCUUCUCUGAUAGGACAAGACAUCGAGAAAAUUAUCGAUCGUUUUGGGCACGACGCAGUCAUGGACUUGAUGCCCAAGGUCAUUCGAGUGCUCGAGAAACUGGAGGUCGUUGUUGGGGAAAAGGAGAAGGAUAAACUGGAAAUUGCUGAGCUGAAACUUGAAAAUGAACGACUCUACUUGGAUAUAAAGCGAGAAGCGAGCCAGCGGAGAAAAUUAGAUGAGGAGCUUUAUCAGAUCUCUGCAACAGGAGAAACAGACAACCUAAAAGCCAUGCUAAUUAAACUUCAAGAAGAAAACAAGAAAUUGCGAAUGGAGGUUGAAGUAACAGUUAAUACCCAACCAGCAACGGCGUACAUAAGCGCACCUGGCGACGCAGAACUGAUGGAAAAGAUGAAAAAGACGAUUGAUAACCAGAGAGACUCCAUACGAAGUAAAAACAAGGAGAUUGACAGCUUAAGAACGGACCUUGAUGCGGUAGAGGAACAAAUCGUACGGCUGACUAACAUUAACGAGAGUGUCAGAAAAACCCUGGGCGCCAGUAAAGACCGAAUACACGAUUUGGCGAGGGAGAAAGCAGAGCUUCAAACUGAGUUGCGGGCACUUAGACUCAGGGCCGAACCUCUGGCAGAGAGUGACGAGAACGGAGAUGCUGAGAGUGUGGAACAAUUUAUGAACAGCUACGGUAAACAACCGCUCGAAAAUCAUGGCGCAGAGGACGAUAAAGAAGGGGAAGCUUUAGCUGAGGAUACAGUGAAAAAUUCCGACGAAAAUUCUGGAACCGUAGAAAUCAGCACAAAAAACCCUCCUCCCAAACCACCGCGGCUUAAAGUUGAGGAAGAAGGUGGAGAAAACGUAGACGAAUAUAAUAAUAAUGAAACGAAAGUUGCUGAGGAUAAAACGGACCCGGAAGUGCAAGUUGAAAGGAAAGAAAAGGAAGUGCUCAUAAAACAAAUUGAUGAUGACAAGGAAGGGACUGGAGAUGAUGGAUGGGAAAUUGUUGGUCGAUCGUCGAAGAAAGUGCUCAACGGAGAGAAGUCGAAGGAUGGAGGUACGGAAAAGAGAGAGAGUCAGACACGAGCAGAAACCGGUAAUAAAGAUCCAAACAGACCACGUUACACAAAAGCAGAGAUGCUGGAAGUUUUAACAGAAAGGAACAAGUUGAAAGAACAGGUGUUUGCGCUGCAGGAUGAGCUGAAAAUAUACAAACCUGGGUAUACUGAGGAUGAAGCAUACGGUUACUCGAGUAACAACACGUCACCCAGGAGAGUGUCAAGACGUGAGGAAUCUGGGAUAUCAAGAAUUUUCAGCAUCUUCACUCGAAAAGGAGAAAAUUGACUGACUCCUCUGAUUCUGUGUCAACCAUAUAUUGACGGGAAUGCGAAUUUGUUGUUUAGUAUGCUGGGUGACAUCUAUGUUUUGUCUUCUCAGGUUUGUUCAGAAAUCACCAGCAGUCUAAGCA